GGUGGGGCUUUCUUCUCCUUCUUUCUCUCUCGCACUGUGUGGGUGGCGGAUGCUGACGCGCGGGCUCUGGGGCUCCCCACUCCCACGUGCUCCGGUCUAACCGCCGGGGGUCUGCGCUGUCAGCUGCUCGCGCUUCUCGCUGCCUAGCGGGGGCGGGAGGGGCCCUGGGCGCUACGAUUUGAGAUUGCCAACUCAAGUGCAGAAGCAAUCCCUUUAAGAAAAGAACACUUCAUAAGAAGUAAACAGACUAAAGGAGCCAAAGAGGGGGGAAAAAAGCGCAAUAGAGAUUGCAAGUUCAGAGACAAUCCUGAGGAUUCGGAUUCGUGAUAGAGCAGUGAGGCGUGUCUUUGUGGUAGCACCUCCGGACAUCGCGUUCAAGUUUAGAAAAGAUGCCAAAGACCGCAAAAGUCACCCCUAAAGACCGUGUCGCUCAGUUUGGCAAGGAUAAAUUUCACACUGAUGGUGCUCAGGGUACGCCCUCCUAGGCAUGUGGACAUCCCUGCACCGCAGCUGGUAAAGACCGUGUACCUGGGGAAUGUUGAUCAUGCCACCAUUUCACAAGCCUUGAUUUCUUGUAUGGUGGAAUUCAGUAUCCCACUUGAGCGAAUACUAGCAUUUGUUACAGACGGUGCAAGCUACAUGGCAAAUGCUUGGAAUGCUGUGCUUUGCAAUCUGUGGUCAAACUGUGUGCAUAUUCGUUGCUAUGCACAUGUAGUUGCUCUAGCAGGAAAUACUUGGCGAGAUACCUUCAAGCAAGUGGAUCGCUUUGUUGCUUUGAUGAAGACACUUUUAGUGAAAGCUCCAGCUCGUCGUGCACGGUUCUUGAGAUACCUGAAGGAACAGAGUGUUGAUUCACCAGCACUUCCACCUGAACCAGUUGUGACCAGGUGGAAUACAUGGUUCAAUUGUGUAAAGUACCAUGCACAGCACUACCAGCUCUACCAUGGGUUUGUAGAGCAUGAACGAACAGAACAAGGGGAUACAUCUGUUCUGCGGGAACUAGCUAGCCUGUUAGUGGUAGAAGACCUACACAUUGACCUUAAGUACAUUGCAGAGAACUGUGGACGCCUGGUGACAGCACUGGACAUUUUACAGUCACAAAAGCGCCAAAUACACAAAGUGUACAACACUGUCCUGGAUUUAAUUUCAUGGCUGGAGCAUCUUGCAUCAUCAACUGAUAAUGUGAAAGGGUCCACAGCUGCUCAAAGUGCUGCUGAUAAACUGAGACAAUACAAUGUAAAAAAUAAACAGCCGGCAAUUGAUUUUCUCCGCGCUGUUCGUGCACUGGAUCCUAAACAAAUUGGUGCUGUUUAUACAGAUUAUGAAACUGUGAAACAGGCAUUAAAGCUGCCCAACGAAUGCAACAUGGAAUGGCCAGUGUAUUUAGGGAUUGUCAAAGACGGGUUUGCAGACGUCGAGGAUCCCAUUCAGUUCUGGAUGGCUGUUGAAGAUCGCAUUCCCAACCUGGCAAAAUAUGCAAUGGUUCUUCUCCAACUGACUGUAAAUUCAUCUGAUGUGGAAGGAAGUUUCAGCAAAUUUGGGGUUCUUUUCAGUGCUCAGCACCAAUGCCUGAAAGAUGAAAAUGUGGCUGGAAUGCUGCAACUCACUGAGGACCCCGCAAGAGCAGCUGACAUCGCAGCAAGGUCCGACACACUCCAGCAACUCACCAAGGAUCCCCUAGGAGCAGCUGACAUCGCAGCAAAGACUGACGCACUCCAGCAGCAUUCUGAGGACCCCCCAGGAGCAGCUUAUGUUGCAGAAAAGACUGGUACACCCCAACAGCUCACUGAGGACCUCCUAGAAGCAGCUUUCAUCGCAGCAAGGACCAGCACACUCCAGGAGCUCACCGAGGAGCACAGGAGCAGCUUACAUUGCAGCAAAGACCAACACACCCCAGCUGCACACUUCAGCAACUCUCCAAGGAACCGACACAUGGAGCAGCUUACAGGGUUCCCUGGUGUGGCCCCCUUAUCCAGCCAGUUAGGGUGAGGCAGGUAUAGCUUGGUGGGCUCUGAGGUUUCCUGCUUUGGGUGGACCUCCCAAGUCCAGACUGCCUGGGCUUCAUAGAAGCUCCCCAAUGGGUGGGGUGUGGCAGGGCACUGUGGGCACACCUGCUACUUUAGAAGUGAGUCAGGCUGCAGGAGCCAGGAUGUGGGGGAAGAGCUGGCAAUCAGGCCAGUCAUGUGACCCUCUAGGGGUGGGGCCAGCCAGAAGCCAGAGCAGGCAAUCUGCUGCUGGCCAUGUAAUAUCUGGUGGAAAGUGGAUGGGACUGUGGGGGAGGUCCCAGUAGGGGCAGGGGGCCCAUGGAAUGAGUGCAUGACCCCAGGAGGGCUGAGAAGAACAGAGCCCCCAUGUGGGGCUGGACUAUAGAACUUAAGGCUUAAAGUUUAAAAAAGCUUUGAGCUGUAUUUUGUGUUUCUUUUCCCUUUGUCCUAUAAUAAAUCUGUCUCUGGUUGGGGCACUGCUUACAAGGGGGAAGUUUGUUCAUUCAGGACACCCCAGUUUAAAUCUAAUUGUCCCAGGUUUCUGCAUGGGGACUUGAGCAGAAGCUAAAUUUGAACCUGGCCCUUAUUGCUGUCAAGAGACGCAGGGAGCAGAACAGCAGGGGCUGGCACUGCUUAGAGCUACAAAGCAGUAGGGGACAGCUGCAGCUGGACCUGUGGCCUGGUACAGUGUGGGGGAGCUGCUGCUGGGAGGGAAUGGGCAGGGGCUGUGGGCACUAGGAGGACUGUGGCUUGGAAGUAAGGGGCUGGGCAGGGCACCAGCAUGUCAGGGCUGUUCAGUCCACAAAGCGGGGAGGGGGUAUGACAGCUGCAGCUGGACCCAUGUCCUGGUGAGUGAAAGGGGCAGGGGAAGCUCUGACUUUUUUCAUGAUAAAAAAAUGCCAAAAUAUAUAGGUAUUAUUUAUUUUAUUAUAAUGAUUGAGGC